UUUGUAGCGGAACCAGAGUUGCGGGCAAAAAAUUAAGCAAACAAACAAACCAUCUCAAAAAUCGGAACCCCGAAUGCAUUUUCUAGUUUGUACGUCGUCCCUUUAUUUCCGGUAAAAAGGGGUAAAAGUGCAUUAUUUCCAGUGAAUUAGAGUGCCGCGCAAAUGUCCGAAGCAAGCUCCGAUUCGGAAAGCUGCCCCAGCUUCCAAACCGAAUCCGAAAGCGAACACGAUUCCAACUGGGGCGAGGAGAAGGACCAUAAGGAAGUGGACUACACGGCCACGGCAAAGGAGAUUAUCUGUGAAAAUGUGAACAUAACUACGGAGAAUGCGUUGAAGCUGAACAGUGGCUAUCAUAACAUGCUAAAGGUGCUGAAGAACAAGCUGGAAAUACUUCUGGGCCAGUGUCAGGAGCGGCAGGUUGAGAUUGAGAAGCAAAUCGAGGAUUACAAAAGUAAUAAGAAACCGCUGGUUGGGAAGUCGAGGACGUCCGGGUACAUUUGCGGGCAGCCGUACUUCAAGGAUGAGGAAUUGUACCCGGGACCGCACAAUGAUGACUAUUUGAUGAGGAAGAAUCUGUUGAAGGAGUUCUUUCCGCUGGAUCUGUUCGAGACGACAGAUAGCAACUGGACGGUGAAGGAUAAGGUGAACAUUCUCAAGGGCGUGAAGGGACAAAUUGUGGAGUUUGUCGAGCGAGAGAUUCGGCUGAAGAUCAAAAAGCUCGGGAAUGGGUUGGAAGCUGAGCGGUUGCGACUGGAAAUGCAGAGUCUGUCGCGCCGGGAAGUGCACGAUUUGUGGGAAAGGGUUAAGCACUUCGCCAAUGAGUAUCCCGGUCAGAAGUUCGAGAUCGACUGGCUGCGGAUAUCGAAUGUGGACAUCGGCGGAAGGCAUUCGGUGUCUGCUUGCAUAGGACUGUGGAACAACUACAUGCUUCCUGGAUUGGUUCGCGACACUUGGAAGACAGAGGAGGAAUCGGUUCUGUUGGACGUGGUGGAGAAGCAUGGCCGUCAGGAUUGGGCACAGAUUGCAGCGGAAGUUCCCGGGAGAUCAGCCUAUCAAUGCUUUGUUCAUUAUCAGACAACGUUUUCAGAACUCGCCCAAAUUAAGCGCGAACGAUGGACCGAUGAGGAAGACGCCUUGCUGAUAAAAGCUGUGGAUGAUAACAGAAUUGGGUCGAACAUUAUUUGGAACAAAGUUGUUGAGAGGAUGCCUCUGAGGAAUAAAAUCCAAUGUUACAACCGAUAUAUGUUCACGCUGAUAAGGCCAACAAAGCACACUAAAUUCACACCCGAAGAAGAUUGCGUAAUUCUGGCUUACGUACAGCAAUGUGGGGACGAUUUCCGAUUCAUCCCAGCUAAUCUGUUGCCCGGAAGAACUAAUCGACAAAUUUGGGCGCGAUACAAUCAUACCUUGAAGUACGUUAACAAGCAUGCAGGCUGGACGAUUGAAGAAGAUAUGCGACUCAUGAACUUUAUCAAGGAAAACCUAACCGACGAAGGACCGAGAAAAAUCUCUUGGGCAGCCUGUUCCAAAGCUUUGGGCAACCACUCACGUUUGAGUUGCCGCACACGGUACUAUACAAUCGAGAAGUUCCUGGAAAAGCACCCGGAUGCCACAUUGGAUGAUGUCCCGAGAAAAGGGAAGAAACUUUCAUCCACCGUGACAAACGACAAUUGGAUGAAGACGUUUAUCAAUAUCAGAAAUGAAUCAAAUGAUCCCAAACCAGAGGCUGCGACUCCUGAACGGGAAGAACCGUCCACUUCCGGCGGAGCAAAAACGAAAAAGAGAAGCAAACCUCAACGGAAAGUAGUUACCGAACCCAAACCGCGUCCCUUCUCGGACACGAUCAAAUGUGCGAUCAAGCAACGGUUCUACGACAAAUUCAAAUACUCAUUUCACUAUCGAUUCGGCGAUCAAACCCCAGACGUCCAGAACAGUAAGGUAUUCUGUUUGAACCGGGCCGCUUUUCACUUACUCAACUGCACUACCAGUCUGGACCACGUCAGCACCUAUUUGGAGAGCUUUACCCCGAACGAAGUGAUGCUUUUGCGCAGCAGUCUCUCCGUACGCUUCAACCCAAGCUUGGUGAACUUUUUGGAGGAUGCCAAAAGUUGUUUCUUGUUUCCUCCCAGUUACAACACGAUGCUGGGCCUAAGAGGCUCCGUUCUGAAUUAUGUAUAUCCCAAUAAUCCAAAAGUCGAAGAAACCACCCGACUGGAUGCGGAGGAUGAAGCCAAUUACCAUUACGCUUUGGAUACCUUUCGCGAUCGCUUCCGAAUGAUGUUCUACUGGACGAUGCUGUUGGCACAGGAAAGUCCAGCCGAAGCUAGAUUCAUAGAAGCCGACGAGCAACCCAAGCCGGAAUACCGAGUGGAAGAAGCAUUCGGUAAGCAGCAAAUCGCACUUGACCAGCUAGCCGAACUGUGCAGCAAAAGUGGACCUCUGCCGCAAAGUGAUCGUUCUUCCAUCCCACACCACACCCCAUCCAUCGAGGACACAAUCGCCAGCAUGGAACAGAUGGAACUCGAAUCGCCUAUGAAAGCCGAAAGCAACUUCCAUCACUCGUCCGCCAAGGUGCAGAUAAUUGCCAUCAAGCGAAUCACCGACACUUCCCUAGAACCGGUCGACAUCGAUCAAUUUAACAAUCCGCCUCCACCGGUCCAAAUUGUAACGGAACCAUCGCCUCCAGCCAAUCCCCCUUACGAAAUAACUUAUUCUAUCGCGCCGCCGGAGAUGACGAGCCCUUUGUUCCAAACCGUGCCAUCUAAUAAGCUCCCACCAGCAGUACAAUUCAUGGGACAGAUAACUAUAAUCAACCCGGAAGAUUUACCAGCAGCGCAGAUACCGGCAACUGCCCUAACCGUUGAGCCUUGUCGCUCAGAUGAGACGACGAUCUCCACGUCGCAAAACAACCAAUCAACGGAAGAGAUGUGCCCUGAGCCGAAUCAGUUGCCGAUAGAUGAAAAAGGGGAUGAAACUCCGGGCGAGACGUUGGAUGCGAUUGACGAGGAGCCAUCAGCUUCGGAUAUCAAUCAUUUGAUCGAUGAGGAGUACCAUGAGCCGGAUAGGUUGCCGACAAAAGGCGACGAUGACAGCAUUCUAAAAUGUGACGAAACACCGAGACAGUUGAAUGUUCUUGAGGACGUAUCAACGGAGGACAACGAAGCAGAACAUUGUAUAGACCCAGUGGCUGCAACAACGGUUCAAAUCAAAACACCUGAUUCAGAAGUAAAAGCCACUGAUAACCCCAUCAAUGACGAAGACCCCGCGGUUGCAGUUUUGCACGACAAUGAUACAUCCCUUACAUCCGAUUCAGUCAAUGCUAACGUUCAUACUGAUAUCCAAGACUCAAUACCGACAAAUGUGGUGAUGUCACAACAUCAGCAUGAAGCACAAUUCUUCCCACCGCCUGACGCCGUUCCGUUAUCGGAUCAAAAUCGAACGGAACCAAUGGACAUAUCUGCCACUGUGGAUAUUUCCGGUGAAAUAGACGACGCUCACAAUUCAUCUCCGAUAGAUUGCUCCAACAGUUCUUCCAUGUCGGCUUGGUCCGAUGGGGAAAAAUCUGUCCAACCUGAGAAGCCUGAUGACGAUGCCGACCGCCAAGUGAAAACCGUGACCAGUGUGGGUGAAUUUGUCAUUCGAGAACUGUUGGAACCGGCGCAGGAACCAGAUGUGCCCAAAUUUGAAAAUCUGGACAAUUCGGUUGAUAAUGACCUUGAAGCGAGUCCGCCAUGGCGAAGCUCAUCGCAUCUGCUAGAUGAUCCCGAGUGGGACCCGGAGCAUUUUGAAGCACCAAAGAGAACCUACGGCCGUACUAGGAAACCUAUCGUUCCGAGACUAAGCAAUCAAACGAGCAAGCCGGAAGUGUCAGACUCGCAUGCAUGGCGCUGGGUACAUGUGGAUGAGUUCGAUGAAGAAGACGUAGAACUACACCAGAGCCUUUGGGAGAAUUGUAAUCCCUUCAGGAUACAAUUCUCAGCAGACGAUUUCAACAACUCCCAGGAAACAAUUGUGCCAACAGAACCAAAGAAGGAGGAGGUCAUUGUGAUAGAUGACGAUGAGAUUGAGAUCAAACAAGAGCCCGUAGACAAAAUUGAAUCUCCAGAGGAAAAUCCGGUGGAUCAGGCUUUGCAAAUACAGCAAAUUAUCGAGACGGCUAGUAGCAUUCUUAGAAUAUCAGAGGAAUACAAUGCUCUUAAUUCACUUGAUGAAAGUCAUUCAGCUUCGGUAUCGAAACCCGAAUUACCGUCUUCUGUUCCUCCAACAGAACAAGUGGAACUUGCAUCGCACGCAAAUACCGAUUCAUUGGUGGUUCAGACCCCAUCGAGAGUUUUCGACGAGCAGGCCAACUGCUAUUACUUUGUGGACGAAAUACAAGACGAGACUUCCUUGCUAGAACCGGCGCGGACAUCUGUCCACAUGCCGGCGACUUACUGGAUAUACAAUGGGGAAGAUGACAAUGUCGAAGAGGCAGGUCCUCCGGAGACGAAUUUGCCCCACAAAACGACCCAAUCAGUAGCCGCAUCGGACAAAGAUCCUCAAACGCCAUCAACUUCUAGAGCUGCCACGAUUCAACAGACACUCAACAAAAUUAGGACGUACGCGUUCAAAAACAAGUCGCGAUCGAACCAGCCUAGUGCAGAAAGUCCCGCCAACAAUGAGAAACAGUACAGAAAACCGCAAUCAAAGUCCCACAGAACGGAAUCAGUCCUACAGGCAACGGAAUCGCCCAUUAGGAAACCCAAACGACCGCCACGUGAGUCGACGAGAGUUAGUCCCCAUCAGCAACACGCCGUCCAGACGCAGGCCCUCUCGCUGUUGGACGCUCUCUUCAAGCAGCCCAAAAUUCGGCGCACAUCCUCAGCAAAUCGAACACCGCCAGCGGCAUCCCUGAAGUCACCACGUGCUUUGGAAGCCUCCAAACGGCCAACCUCUUCUAGUCAGCAUUUAGGCGCGGAUCAACCGGCGAAAAAAAUCAAGCUGGAACCCGCGGAACCGUUCGAUGCGGUGGAUGUCAUCAGUUUGCUGGCGAGCGACGAAGUCCACAGCAAGGAUGACGUGGUCGACGAGGAGGAAUGCGAAUAUCUUGCCCAGCUAACGACGACUACUUCCCAAGGAAGAGCUUUUGUCCCGGACGGCGAACCGAGUUCAACCAAGCGGGUUUAAUGCAGACACCUCGAGAUUAUACCGAUAACAGUAUCGAUUGCUUAUUAUAAGAAUAAAAAUGUGUUGUUAUGAAAAUCCACUAGUCCACUUGUGCACAUGUAAUUCGACAUUAAAUAACAAACAAUUUGC